AUGUUGUCUAAUGCGCAUCUACGCAAUCCUCCCCCAAUUCGCGCCGCUAUGCAAAUAAAUCAGACUGUUUCUUCCGCUCAUGUACCGUCCCAAAUGCGCCCGGCACCUCAGACUGUUAUUAUUCCGGCACCUACUACCAUUCCUCAAUAUCCUGGUACACCUUCUGAAAAACCUCUCCAGUUUUUACUUCGUCUUCAGCACUUUGCUCCAAGCAUGUACGGCUGGACUGAUACUGUUUUUCUGGAUGUUGCUGACAAUACAAUUGAAAGACUUAAACCUGCUGUUGAUGAGAAUACGGCAAAGUAUGAGACAUACAAUGCAGACUUAGAGGCAAUGGAAGAUACAUUUCGAAAAGUAGCAGAGGCGAGUGAGAUUGAAGAAUGGGCGUUAAUGGUACAUAGAAAACAUCGUGUGAUUGAACAAUUACGCGAAUCAAGAAAUGAGGAAAAUGCUGAUGCGCCCGGAUAA